UACCUUUCACACAUGACGUAUCACCAGUCCCACGUAACUAGCAACACGCCUUGCUUACUUGCGAAGCUUAAUGGUGAAAAGUAAACAAAGAACACAAUACUGCCCAACCCACUAUUUAAAUGGGCAGGGUAUGUUUUGGCGUGACCUCGUGGACGCUGCACAUACAGCAGUAUGUAUGUCAGAGCAGGAUUGACACAACUACUGGGUCCGCCUUUAGAGGCUCCUUAACCUAGAAUUCUACCAAAGUCGGCUAUCCAACUAGGGAUCAAUUCCUGAGAACCGGUCAGAGACCACCACGAUUAUCAGCUUGGAGAUCAUCAACACCCACCAUUUCAGAAGACCCCAUACACAAUAAAAAAAAAACAUGGAUGGCAAACAAAAAUCUCCACAGGAUGCUCUGGACCACGAGUUUGCCAACUCCACCACGUGCCAUGGCGCGUCUCGGAUCGCCAAUGCCAAAAACAGACCGCACAUGACGAUGUGGACUCUGGUCUUUUUAGCUGCGUUUGGCCUGUGCACGUGGCAAGUUUCCGACAGGUUCCAAAACUAUUUCGCGUACCGUACUGGCACAGAGAUAGACGUGCAGCUGGAGAGCGAGCUGAAUUUUCCGGCGGUCACUAUCUGUAACUUUAACAGAAUCCGUGCUUCGGGCGUUUCAAUAAACGACCAGUUAUACCUGGGAGCCGCGUUCUACAUCCCAACCUUGGUGGGCGAUCCGGAGGCUCUUAACGCCUACCUGAACGGUGUGGACUGGGAUUCCUUCGGGGCGUCGGCGGAGCUUCUGGGGGACUAUGCCGGCUACACCCGGCGGAAUGGGUUCGUGCUGGACAACAGCACGCUUUUAGAGUGUUUUUGGCGCGGGAGGCCAUGUUACGCGGAGAACUUCACCCACGUGUUCACGACUUACGGAAACUGCUGGACAUUCAACGGGGACAAAAACAGUCCCUUAAAACAGACAACACCGGGGGCCGGCAACGGUCUCAAGAUGACUCUGGACAUACUUACGGACGAAUACACAGAGAACCCACUAACUGGAUAUCUCGAGUAUGGCCUCGUAUUCCAAGUACAUGACCAGAACGAACCGCCCCGGCCGGAAUUGGUCGGUACUGCAGUCGCACCUGGAAGUCACACCUACGCCAGCACCUUCCAGACGCACUACAAGAACGAGCCGUCCCCCUGGGGCCAGUGUGACCCAAAGAAAGGUCAGAACUACCUGGAUUACUACGACACCUACACCCUGCCGGGCUGCCUGCUGGAGUGCCGCGCGAAACUUGUGGAGUCGUGCGGCUGUAGACCUAUGUAUUAUCCAGGUACCUUAGACUAUUGUUCACCACUGAACCUCAGCUCGUGCGUUUUACCAACGUUAGCCACCUUUCUGCAGGAGAAUAACGAGUUUGACGCCUGUGGCUGCACGGUGCCGUGUGAACACACAUCCUACCACACCACAGUCUCGUACGCAGGGUACCCUUCACCACAAGCCGCCUCGUAUUUAGAGACAGUUUUCAAUGUCAGCAGAGGGUAUAGUAGCGUAAACAUCGUUCUUCUUGACGUGUACUACCAUGAACUGAGGAGCACCACGUUAGAACAGUUUAAAGCAGUCACCCAGUCUGGACUGAUCAGUGACGUAGGUGGACAGCUCGGUUUCUUCAUCGGUGUGAGCGUCAUCACCUUGUUCGAGUUCUUCGAGUAUCUGGUCAUGAAAUUUCUUGUCUUCGCCUGCUAUUCUAAGAUGGAAUCUGAGACGGAAAAGCCAGACAGAGAACAGUCAACUAAGGAAAACAGUAGUGUGCCUCCUGAAAAUAAAGGGGCACUCGCUACAGAGCUCCAGACGAUGCCAAAAACUCAGAAAGGACUUGCAGAAAUCCAGGUUUCUUGACCUCGAGGAUACCGAAGAAAUUCACUUUCUUUGUUUCUUGUUGAAGAACACAGACGAGCGAUGCAUUAAUCAUGACAUUGAAUAUCUAAUACAGUAUUGUGAUAUUCAAUAUUUCAAAUUUCGUCAAUAUUAGUCUAUCUAGUCAUAUUGCGACAAGCGUUUCUUGGAUCAUGGCCAGUACAAUUUGAAUAUAUAGGCUAACACGCUUAAUGGUGUGUUUGUAUUAGGUUUGGCUCGUAUAUAAAUGAUAUGAAUGAAAUGGAUUGUAUAGUAGUGUAUAUGAAAGCGCUCUACACACAAGCGGUGCCAGUAAUAUGAAUACUGUGACUGAAUUAUAAUGUUAUAAUAUAUUUCACUGCAUGCAUUGCUCACACACGUACAUGUAUAUAAUGUUUCUCAUUGCAACUUGAAACGUUUA